CUCCCCUUCCUGAUGCUCCUGGAACCCAUUUGGGGGACUCUGGGGUCUUCACUUUCUCCUGCUGGUUGGGUUUGGGGGUUCCCUAUCCCCCUGGGACCGGUGGUGACUUUGGGGACCCCCCUGUGCCCCCUCCCCAGCGAGAGUCGUCGCGGCGCCUGGCGGAGACGCGGGCGCUGCUCCAGCGCAGCCGCGCGGCCGCCGAGGAGGCGCGGAGGAAAGAGAGCCUGCACGCCCAGCUGGUGGCCGAGCUGGAGGCGCUGCCCCGCGAGGUCUCGCGCGCCGUUUACACCCAGCGCAUCCUGGAGAUCGUGGGCAACAUCCGCAAGCAGAAGGAGGAGAUCGGCAAGAUCCUGGAGGACACGAGGGCGCUGCAGAAGGAGAUCAACGCCCUGGUGGGGAAACUGGAGAGGACCUUCAGCGUCACCGACGAGCUGCUCUUCAAGGUGGGGGGCUGGGGGCGCCCCGAAAUGGGGGUGGCACCCCAAAAUGGGGGGGCACGCUGGGAUUUUGGGGGCUGGGGGAGAGGUGGGUUCAGUGGCAUCCCCUGAAUGGGGUGUGCCCAAAGGGAUGAGGUGCUGGGAGCCCCCCAAAGUGUCACAUGUGCCCUACAACUGUCCCUGUGCUGCUCCAAAAUGUCACAUGUGCCCCCCAAAAUGUCACAUGUGCCCCCCAAA